ACAUUUUGUGUAUGCAUACACAUUUUGUUGUAACCAAGCAAAAACAUGGCAUUUAGCUUCAUUUCAAAUUUGUGGAGCAAAUGGAACAUCCGAGGCUUUGUCAUACUAAGUCUUUCGCUUCAAGUCUUGCUCGUUCUAUUUGCACCCCUUAGAAAGAAAAUAACAAACCGCUACAUCAUGUUCCUCUUGUGGUUGGCCUAUUUGAUGGCCGAUUGGGUAUCUGCAUUCACCAUCGGGCUCAUCUCUCACAACCAAGGCAAUUCGUGCACUCGUACAGUUGAAGUAGACAGAGCACUUCAAGCAUUUUGGGCCUCAUUUCUCUUGUUACAUCUUGGGGAUCCAGACACCAUCACCGCCUUCUCUCUAGAAGAUAGUUUACUUUGGCGACGACACCUACUUAGUCUUCUCUUCCAAGUUGGUGCCGCUAUCUAUGUUUUUGUGCAGAUUUUUCCUAGCAACAUGUCUAUGGUGAUUCCAACGAUGUUGAUGUUUAUCGCUGGAGUCAUAAAAAAUGCCGAGAGGUUACUAGCGCUUAAUCUCUCAAGCCUACCGAGGCUUAGGGAAUGGAUGCUCAUGAGCCUCCGAAGACUCAGAAAGAGGAUGCGCCCAAACAAGUCUUCUCGUGAUACAUCAUAUAGAGGGUUUCUUGAAGAACUUAAUGUUUUAGAGGAUGGAUAUUCUAAUGAAGAAGAAGUAAAGCUUGCCGAGAGCAUUGUGGUGAAACAUGCUUAUUGCGUCUUUCAAAUCUUCAUGGUCUUCCUCACAGAUCUCAUCUUCAGGAGUUCGGAAUGCGAAAUGAGCCGUGAAUAUUUCCACAAAGUUUCUGCGACGGAUGCCUUGAGGUUGAUAUCAGCCGAACUAAAUUUCAUUUAUGAGCUGCUUCACACAAAAGUGUCAGUAAUACGUUCCAAAAGGAGCUACAUUUUCCGCUUCAUAGCCUUCAUUGAUAUCACGAUGGCUUUCAUACUGUUUAAUCGCUUAAAGAAGCAUCAGCUCCCCAAACUCGAUGUGGAAAUUACUUAUUCCCUUCUUUUUGGAGGAAUUGCUCUUGAUGUGAUAGCCAUGUUCAUGCUCGUUUUCUCCGAUUGGACUGUUGCGGAAAUCAAGUGGUAUAACAUAGGAUCAUCUAGACUAGAUUCAUUUGCCCGCAAGUUGGUAUCUGCCACGGAUAACUUGAGAAAGCCUCAAUUUGCCAAAUGUGAAGCAGAGCCUAACGCCGCUUCAAAGGUUUUUCUUUCUACUUACAUGAUCUUAGAUACACCAUUAAUAUUUCGAAGGUGGUCAGAAUCCAUCUCCGCUUGCAACCUUUUAUCAGAGUCCUUGAAGGAGAAUCCGAGAAAAAUUUAUAAGCAAGAUAGGCGCCGGGGCAUCAUCGCUUUUUCUAGUAUUUGCAGUUUUCCAAGUGGUAUGGUUGAGAAGAUCAUCUCUUGUUUCCAUCGAGUAGGUGAGACAAUCGCUAGAGGCUGUCUUUCGUGCUUUGGUAUCUAUGGGAUAAUACCAAUGAUUGCGAAUACGAAGUACAUGUCCAACAAUCCCUUUAUUAAGGAUCUCUGGAUCUUUAUCUUUAAGGAGGUGAGACGUAAAGCCAAGAAUGUGAACGAAUCAACAAUAGGGAGGAAGAUAUUUGAGGCUAGAGGUGAUUUGUUUCUCAAGAAUGGACUGGAAGAGAUCAAUUGCAGCUAUCUAUUAGAGUAUGUCACCCAAGCUAAUUACGACGCCAGUAUUAUAAUUUGGCAUCUUGCUACUGAAAUCUGGUACAAUAGAGAAAAACAAUUCACGAGCCCCACAACCAGAAAUGACGAAAGAGAAUUCAGCAAGAUCCUCUCCGACUACAUGUUGUAUCUUUUACUUAAUCAACCUAAUGUGGUGACCUCUGUGGCGGGCAUUGCCCAAAUUACAUCAGCAGGGACGGUGCACGAGCUCCGGAAGUACAUAAGGGAAGAGACCAAGGAUGUGGAAAGGUUAUGCGAGACACUGUACAAGGUUCCUUUCGAUUCGGGAUCCCCUCGCUGGAUGUCCACGCUCAGAGAGGGGAUCAACUUGGCCCAACAGAUGGAAAGGCUCAGGGAAAUGAAGUAGAGGGUGAUGAGCGGAGUGUGGGUUGAGAUGCUGUCAUAUGCAGCAAUUCAUAUCAAAGGAGAGGUACAUAUGCAAGUGCUGAGCAAAGGUGGAGAGCUUCUUGCCUUUGUUUGGCUGUUGAUGGCUCAUUUCGGUUGUUUCUACAAAUCUGAAUGGGUCAGGAACGAUGAAUCCUGGGGAAAUGGUCCGAAUCGUUUGACUUCUGAAUCGCAAACCUUUUGGUAGCGA